CCGGCUCUGGAAGAUCAUCUGCUCACCAGAAAGGAGGGAGGCCGCCAAGCGAGAUGGACCACUUCCGGGCCACAGGACUAAGCGGGCCGAAGGAAGCUGGGGGUACCGGUAGUGGGGAGGGCGGCUGUGCCGGGGGCCACUUGUCCUCCCCAGCGGCUCUGGCGGUUUCCCCGGCACUCCCGCGGCACUGAGUUUCCCAUACUUGUGACAUAGUGCAAACGCGAGGAGGAACGGACACAGCAUUGGUUAGUUGUGGCCUUAACCUCAUCCCGCGGACAUGGCUAACAAAGGAAACAAAAAACGCCGACAGUUUUCUUUGGAGGAAAAAAUGAAAGUAGUAGAAGCAGUGGAUUCUGGCAAGCGAAAAGGAGAUGUGGCAAAGGAAUUUGGCAUCACUCCUUCUACAUUGUCCACGUUCUUAAAAGAUCGUGCUAAAUUUGAAGAAAAGGUAAGGGAAGCAUCAGUGGGACCACAGCGAAAAAGAAUGCGUAAUGCACUCUAUGAUGACAUUGACAAGGCUGUGUUUGCUUGGUUUCAGGAAGUUCAUGCAAAAAACAUUCUUGUAAGUGGAUCAGUGAUUCGAAAAAAAGCAUUGAAUUUGGCAAAUAUGCUAGGCUAUGACAAUUUUCAAGCAAGUGUUGGCUGGCUUAAUAGAUUUCGUGAUCGACAUGGGAUUGCUUUAAAAGCAAUCUGCAGAGAGGAUAAUGAUAAAUUAAUGAAUGGUAUAGGAAUAGAUAAGGUUAAUGAAUGGCAUGCUGGUGAAAUUAUAAAACUGAUUGCUGACUACAGCCCAGAUGAUAUUUUUAAUGCUGAUGAAACAGGCAUGUUUUUCCAGUUGUUGCCACAACAUACGCUUGCUGCUAAAGGUGAUUGCUGCAGAGAAGGUAAGAAGGCCAGACAACGAUUGACUGCACUUUUUUGUUGCAAUGCAUCAGGAACUGAAAAAAUGAGACCACUGAUUGUUGGUAAAUCAGCUACCCCACGAUGCUUCAAGAAUGUGCAUUCACUUCCUUGUGAUUACCGUGCCAACCAGCGGGCGUGGAUGACUCGAGAUCUGUUUAAUGAGUGGCUAAUGAAAGUUGAUGCAAAGAUGAAACAAGCAGAACGAAGAAUUCUCAUGUUGAUUGACAACUGUUCUGCACAUAACAUGCUUCCACGUCUAGAAAGAAUUCAGGUUGGCUAUCUUCCAUCAAACUGUACAGCUGUUUUACAGCCACUGAAUCUUGGUGUAAUUCACACCAUGAAAGUUUUAUACAGGAGUCGACUCUUGAAGCAGAUUCUUCUCAACCUCAACAAUAAUGAGGACAAAGAAAAGAUCAACAUUAAACAAGCUAUUGAUAUGAUAGCUGGGGCAUGGUGGUCUGUUAAACAAUCCACAGUAGUGAAGUGCUGGCAAAAAGCAGGAAUAAUUCCAAUGGAAUUUACUGAUACUGAUCCAGAAGAAGAUGAUGAACCAGAUAUAGCAACUGAAAAAUUAUGGAAUUCAGUUGCUAUUGCCUCAUGUGUUCCAAAUGAGGUCACUUUUCAGGACUUUGUAACUGCUGACAAUGAUUUACUUAUAUCUCGUGAGUUAACAGAUGUGGAAAUUGUUGAAAGUAUGAUUAGUGGUACAAGCCCUGAAGAAGGUGAAAGUGAAAGUGAAGAUGAUGAAGGUGUCUCUUUGCUGGAGCAACCAAAACUAACCAUUGCAGAAGCUAUUUCAAGUGUAGAAAAACUCAGGCAAUUCCUUUCUACAUGUACAGAUGUUCCUGAUGCAGUCUUUGGACAACUAAAUGGUAUAGAUGAAUAUUUAAUGACAAGUGUAACACAUACUCUUGUGGAAUCCAAAAUUACAGAUUUUCUCCAAACAAAAUAAAAUGGGAAAAUUA